UACAUUGUUUACAUGGGUGACCUUCCCAAGGGUAAGGUUUCAACUUCAAGCCUUCACACCUCUAUGCUUGGAGAAGUUGUUCCCAGUACUGUGGGAUCAGAUGUUUUGCUCUAUAGCUACCAUAGGAGCUUCAAUGGAUUUGCAGCCAAAUUGACCAAAGAUGAGGCAAAUUCACUCAGAGAAAAAGAUGGGGUGGUUUCAGUAUUCCUUAGCCAAAAGAAGCAACUCCACACAACAAGGUCAUGGGACUUUAUGGGAUUCAACAAAAAAGUUUUAAGAUCAGUCAUUGAGAACGAUAUCAUUGUUGGAAUGCUCGACACCGGGAUUUGGCCGGAGUCCGAAAGCUUUAACGACACCGGAUUCGGUCCGAUUCCGAGUAAAUGGAAAGGCACCUGCCAAAGCUCAGCCAACUUCACUUGCAACAACAAAAUCAUUGGAGCGAAAUAUUAUCGAGCCGACGGAGAUUUGGAUCCGAAUUAUGAUUUCAAGUCCCCUAGAGACUCCGAAGGUCAUGGGACUCACACUUCAUCAACAGCUGCAGGUGGCUUGGUUAGCAAGGCAAGUCUAUAUGGUCUUGCCAAAGGGACGGCUCGUGGCGGGGUGCCAUCGGCUCGCAUUGCGGUUUACAAGAUUUGCUGGUUCGACGGUUGCUUUGACGCGGACAUUCUCGCGGCGUUCGAUGAUGCGAUAGCAGAUGGAGUUGACAUAAUCUCGCUUUCCGUUGGGAAUUCUGUUCCAUUGGAUUAUUUUGAUGAUUCUAUUGCUAUCGGAGCUUUCCAUUCGAUGAAAAAUGGGAUAUUGACAUCGAAUUCUGCUGGCAAUAGUGGUCCGGGACUCGCGACGAUUUCGAACCUUUCGCCUUGGUCUUUAUCAGUUGCUGCUAGUACCAUUGAUAGGAAGUUUGUCACUAAGGUCAAGCUCGGAAAUGGCGAGAUCUAUGAGGGAACCUCGAUAAAUACAUUCGAUCUCAACGGAAAAAUGUACCCUUUCAUCGCCGGUGCAGCGGCUACAAACACCUCACAAGGUUAUACAUCCGAGGAUUCGAGGUAUUGCGAUCCCGACACUUUGAACAGAACCUUAGUGGAAGGCAAAAUUAUUUUCUGCGAUUAUCUAAGCGAAGGCGAUGGCCUGGUCGAAGCCGGUGCUGUUGGCGGAGUGUUUAACAAUUACAAGCCCAAAGAUUAUGUUUCCCCCUCCGCUUUACCUCUUUCGAACUUGAACUUGGAUGACGGAAGGAAUGUUCUCAACUACCUGAACACGACAGAAAAUCCGACCGCAACGAUAUUCAAGACUCAAGUAGAAGAUAAUCAGUUCGCCCCGUUCGUUGUUUCGUUUUCAUCGAGAGGGCCUAACCCAAUAACAGCUGACAUCCUCAAGCCUGAUCUUACAGCACCGGGUGUUGACAUUUUAGCGGCAUGGUCCGGAGCCGCCCCUUUGACGGAUGUCGAAGACGAUACGAGACUUGUCCCAUACAACAUUAUUUCAGGCACAUCCAUGUCUUGCCCACAUGCAACUGGUGCCGCAGCUUAUGUUAAAUCAUUUCAUCCGACAUGGUCCCCUGCUGCCAUUAAAUCUGCUCUAAUGACAACAGCUCUUCCGAUGAGUUCCGAGAACAACCUUGAAGCCGAGUUCGCAUAUGGUGCAGGCCAUAUAAACCCUGCACAAGCUGUUCGACCAGGAUUGAUAUACGAUGCCGGGGAGGCCGAUUUUGUUAAUUUCUUGUGUGGACAAGGAUAUACCACUAACCAAGUCUCGCUCGUUACCGGAUGCAACAAAAGUUGUUCCGAAGAAACCAACGGAAUGGUGUGGGAUCUAAACUACCCCUCGUUCGCGUUAUCCGCAACUCCCGGAAAUUCAGUCACUCGAGUCUUCCAUCGGACGGUGACAAAUGUUGGCUCGGCAGUGUCGACUUACAAGGCGGUCGUUAAGGCUCCGUCGGGGCUCGUAAUCCAGGUUCAACCGAGUAUACUUUCUUUCAAAUCUCUUGGCCAAAAGGUAUCAUUCACAGUGACUGUGAAAGCUGAAGUUGGUAACUCCAUGCUCUCUGGUGGUUUGAUUUGGGAUGAUGGAGUUCAUCAAGUGAGGAGCCCUAUCGUUGCAUAUGCUUCCUUACUUGAAUGA